UUUAAUCUUAUUUUAAUUUCUAAAAUGUCAAAAAAUUUGCCAUACUCAAAUGUUGGCCCAUUUUGGGACCCGGAUCCGCUCACCCGUCCUUCUCAAUCCCCUCUACUUUCAGAGACUCAGCUUUGCUCAAACCCUAAAAAUGGCAGCAGCAGAAGCGAAAUCCAAGCGACCCAUCUGCCCUUUUUGCUCCAAACCCACCCGUAUCUGCCUAUGCAACAGGAUUCAGAAUCCGGGUCUUGAAAAUUCAGUUAGCGUCACCAUUCUUCAACACAGUUUAGAGAGAAAACAUCCUCUUAAUUCUGCCAGAAUUGCAAAACUAGGACUCAGGAAUGUCACUAUAGCCACUGUUUCUGAUGUUAAUUUUGAGGUACGGUUUGAUAUAAGGUUGUUUGGACCGGGUUCGGACCAGGUUGUGUUGGAAAGUGAGGGUUUUGAUCAGGAUUUAGUAGGAGGAAAUGCUGUCAGUCUUGGGUUUAAGAGAUUUAAGAAGUGUCCAGAGGGGAAAAAAAGAAGCUUGAUUGAUGGUAGCGAAGAAUGUGGUUUGAGGAAUGGUAAUAGUGACAUGUUAGAUGAUAAAGACCAUUUGAAGGGUUCAAAUGCUGUGAAAAAUUCAAACUUGUGGAAAAGUAGUGUCUUGGUUUUGGAGCAAGAGAAUGAGUCUAGUAUUAAUGAAGGCAAUGGUGAAAAUGGCACAUUUUCAUUGGAGACUCCAAGUAGCAGACUAUCCAAGCAAUGUAAUAAUGGGUCGUUACCAGUUUCAAAAUCCAAUGAAGAGCCUGUUAUCACUGUGACUAUUGGCAAAUAUGGUGUCAUUACUGAUAUUGCCCAUAAUUGGGUGCCUGCUACUGAUCCUCAGAAGCCAAAUUUUGAUCAGAUUUUGGACUCCAAGUUGGCUUUGGAUGCUUUGGCAAAAGGGUUUGUUGUAAAGAAGAUGCAAAAGCGAGAAUUGAGUGGGGACAUUGAACUGGAAGAGUAUGAAGAGUUUGAAAUUGAAGUUUCUCCAGGGUCAGUACUUCUAUUCCCAAGUGAAAGAGCAGUCAGUGUUGAAGACCUUCAAGUAAUGAAUCUUGAAGUGAAGAAUUUGAUUGUUUUGGAUGGAACUUGGGCCAAGGCAAAGAGAAUUUACAAUGAGAGUCCUUGGCUGAAGCUUUUGCCACAUCUGAAGUUGGAUUUAGAUAAGAUAAGCUUAUAUAGCGAGGUGAGGCAUCAGCCAAAGGCUGGAUAUCUGUCCACCAUCGAGAGUAUUGUUUAUGCAUUGAAGGCAUUAGGGGAGAAAUCUGAUGGUUUGAACAACCUCUUGGAGGUUUUUGAGUCCAUGGUUGGAGAUCAAAGGCGAUGUAAAUUUGAGAGGUUGAGCAAAGUCUCUCCGGUGUGAACCACGUAGUUUUGCUUAAUCCAUGACACAGUUCUGGUAGAUGUUGCAAUCACUGAAAUACACAACUGAAGUGGAUAUAUUAAAAGCAUAAUUUUGGCAUCGCGAUACUUGAAAUCAGAACCAAAUGUUCAGCAGGUUGAUACAUGCUUGAUAGAAUUUGUUUUAACAGAUCACACUUCAAUUCUAAUGGGACUCCUACUCCCAUGGAUGUCAAAUAUCAGUGUUCGUAUUUUUAUAGCUUACUGAUAUUUGAUAGAAUAUACUUUGUACUUCACUAUUGUAACUCCA